AUGGUCCGCCUCUCCGUCCCAUUCACUAUCGCUUCCACGCUGCUCGCCAGCAGCAUGGCCGCAUGUUCAAACACUGGGCAGGCGCAGAUGGUCACAUACGUCAAGCGAGGAACCAACUUGACCCAGGCUCAGUUUUGGGACUACUGGCAGACCCAGCACGCCCCCAAGGUUGCCCCCUUGGCUGUGCACUUCAACAUCACACGUUACCAGCAGAUCCAAGUCGGUGGUCAGAUUCUUCCCACCGAAGCAGGUUCAACCGUGCCAGCGUCCACUGUUCCGGUCGACUUUGAUGGUAUUGCCAUGUUCCUCUACAAAUCGCCCGAGGUUCUUACGGCCAUGCUCUCUCAUCCCUACUACCUCGCCGUUGUUGAGCCUGACGAACACGUCUUUAUUGACAAGAGUGCUUUUGGUAACGGCAUGGUCGCAACAUUUGUUGGUACCGAUAUCGAGAUCGUUGACGGGAAACAAGAUGUGUGGGUAGGAAGCCAGGCUACGCGGGAAAAGUUCCAAAAGAUCUUCGAGUCGUACCUGUAG